GCCUCCCUGGAGGCGCCGCUCCUGACAUGGCGAGAUCUUCUCUAUCUCAAAGUGUUCUCCUUUGAUUAAUUUCACUUUGGGAGGCUUGGGCGUGGAGUGGUGGCGGCGAGAGGCGGGAAGAAGACACUAGGGACACGUAUCUUCACUCCGGAGAUGCCGUGGAGCAGCGGGAAGCUAUAAUGUUUGUGUUGGGGUAGGAUGUCCAUCAAUUUGUGUGUAUGGUCUUCACAGCGGCCACCUCUCAAUCCAUUGGUAGGUGGACAACAGGAAAACACUAUGAAGGUCUCCGAUGCCUCUCCUACAAGGUCACCUACAAACACAACACAGCAAACUAUCUGCAAACGCCAUAAUCCUGAAAACUCAGGUGUUGUCGAGAGUGAAAAUGCUCCAUUUUUAUUACAUAAUAAGCGUCAGCGUACCAAAAGUGGGUCAGAGUCAGUGGAAUCUUUAGCCGCUUGUCAAGACAGUGCCAUACCUCCUGCAGACUGCUGUGUUAAAGGGGAACCUACACCCCUAUGUGAACGUAAUGUUAGAACUAGACUUGAUGGACAAGAUAUAAAUACACAGAGUACAGAACCCUCCUGUUCUUGCACAAAAUGGGAUAGUAAUAGUGAUAAUUUAAGCAGCUUAGUGACUGGGGAUAGUAUGAGAAGUGACAGUAAUAGAGAGUGUAAAAAAAACAGUGAAACUGAUUUGACUGAAGAGAGUUUAUUGACUGGAGUGUUUCCAAGUCAUAGACUUAUAUCCAAUGGAAAUGGAAGUGGUGGGUUGUCUCCUCAUUGUGCUGCCACUUUAGAAUAUGUAACCCAGUUGCCAGAAGGGUGUUCAGGUGGAGGGUCUAAAGCGUUAGUUCUACAUUCCUCUGACUUGAAUGGUUCUUGUGAGCCUAAUGAGGAGUUAGAGGAUGACGACAACUAUCUUGAUUCCUCGGAGGAAGAGGAGGAGGAGGAUGAACUAACUCUUACUAAUAAUGAAGAUGAAGAAAGCUGUGGUGAAGAUGAUCAGAGUGUGAUAAGCUGUGUCACAGUUGGAUCAACAUCUUCCCUGCAUUCUGUUGCAAGUGAGAUUCUCAACACUAUUUGUAUUAAUGAACAUGGAGUUGCAGCCAAUGAAGAUGGUUCAUUGCUGUAUACUGAGACUCCUGCGCCUUCACCCCUCCCGUCCUUGAGCCCUAGUCUGUUUUCGCACGUACCGCCUUCAAUCAACUUCUGCCAGUACAAUGAAAAAACGGUCGAGUUUCCCCUAGUUAUUGGUAGACUACUUAAAUGGAGAUUUACGAACAUAACUCCACUCAUUGUUAGAAAAACUGUAUCGAAUUCUGGAUUCAGGAUAACAAAGAAAACCUUGCAGUGGUGUGGUACUUGGGGCAAGCAUAUGAAGUCGCCCUGUUUUAAGGCUGUGCGGGAGUUUCAGAAGAUAAACCACUUCCCUGGUACUUUCCAAAUUGGUCGAAAGGAUAAACUGUGGAAGAACUUUGUGCGGCUUCAAAUAAAAUUUGGGAAAGAGGAAUUUGGUUUUAUUCCAAAGACAUUUGUUCUUCCGGGGGACAUGAAAGCCUUCAAAGCAGCAUUUGAAAAGGAAGGUGUUAAGAAAAAAUGGAUUGUUAAACCCCCAGCAUCAGCUAGAGGUGCAGGUAUACAGGUUGUCCAUAAAUGGUCACAAGUACCUACUGAUUCACCUGUAGUGGUUCAGAGAUAUAUCAGCCGCCCAUACCUCAUCAACGACACCAAAUUUGACAUACGUAUUUAUGUGCUAGUAACAUCCUUUCAUCCGCUUAGAAUAUACCUUUAUCAAGAUGGACUUGUAAGAUUUGCAUCAGUACAAUACAACAAUGCAUCAACAAGCUUGAGUGAUAGAUAUAUGCACCUGACCAACUACAGUGUCAACAAGUCGUCAUCCUCGUAUACCCACAAUGUUGAUGCAGGACAGUGUCAGGGUCAUAAGUGGACUAUAAAAUCUCUCUGGGGCUAUCUAAAGACAAGAGGUGUGGAUACGUCAGCUCUCUGGAGUCGUAUUGCUGACCUAGUGAUAAAGACUGUGGUCAGUGGGGAGCAUGAUAUUGUGGUGCGCACGAGGAAAAAUGUUCGAUCCAGGUAUUCUUGUCAAGAAUUAUUUGGUUUUGAUGUGAUAAUUGAUGAACGUCUUAGACCAUGGCUCUUGGAAGUCAAUAUCUCUCCUUCAUUACAUUCAGCUUCACCAUUGGACCAUUCUGUGAAAGGCCCACUUAUUGCCAACCUCCUCAAUAUGGUGGCCUUCCAUAUCCCUGACAAACUAAGUCAACAGCAGCAGAUGAAUCUGUUGGGAGACUUCAACUUUGAUGAAAGAGUGUCUGGGCUGUGUUUAGAUCGACGGUUAUACACUCGACUCUUGACUCCAGAGGAACAGUUGAAACAUGUACAAGUGAAUGCCAUGCCACGUAGCCAGUACUUAGACUUCGCUAUAGAAACUCUAACAUCUGAUGAUGUACGGCAUCUUCUGACAGCAGAGGAUGAACUACAAAGGGCUGGAAAAUUUACACGCAUUUUUCCUACUGCUGAAACCCAUCCCUAUUUUGGGUUUCUCGAAAAGCCUCGUUAUUACAACAGACUCAUGGAUGCCUGGGAGAAUGCAUAUGCUACCUGUCGAGAGAAAGCUAUUGAACGACUAGAGAGCCUAUGUGCAGAAAAGUUUCAUCUCCGAGUGCCUCCUACCUUCAAGAUGCCAAAGGUCACUGUCUCAGGCGGCUUCAAGGUCACCUCCAGACAGCCAUCCUCCCCCCUACUGGGGAAGUCUUGCCCACAGACUCAGUCCUCCCAACAGACUCAUCUCAACCCUCUGUCCCAGCCUCUUAAGGGAAAGAAAAAAUUGUCAGUAGCAAGAAGAUCGAGAAAGUUACGAUCACUCGUACACCCGUUGAAGCCUGCAAUAGUGUCUAGUUACCUUUUUGUCAGGGAGGUGAGUGCUGGACACACAUUUGAAGAGACAGAAGAACUUACAGAUGUCGAGGACUUGAGAAUUGAAGAAGAUAUGGAGACUGAAGCCUCAGAACUAGUUGGUGUGAAGGUGAUUAAAGAGGAGGUAGAACAGAUAGAGAAAUUAACAAUAUCCGAUGUGCCGAUAAACCAAAAUGAACAAAUUACACAACAUGCUUUACAAGAUAGUGAUAUAAAUUAAUUUUUUUAAAUUUGGUGUGGUAUUCAAUUAUUUUAGUUGUACAAGAAGUAACUUGUGCUCACUGUUGACAUUAAAUGAGAUAAAAGAACCAACAUGGAAAGUUUGUGAUUGAAACAUUUGUAUGGUGAGUGGCAAGCUUUUACACUGGCUGUUAAGUAGCAGGUUUGUAAAUUUUGUCAGGUGGUAGUACUGGUACUUUUCUAUCAGUGAAGUCUUUUGGAAGCCCUUAAAGCAACAGGGGUUUGUCCUGAGUUACAAGAUGGUAACUUUACAGUACAUUUAUUUAUUUAAGUAGUGUUGCUAUUUUGUACGUAUGGAAUAUUUGGCCAAUGUAUGCAUGAAUUUGAGCUAAGUGGGGAAGUAAUGCAGUGAUCAGUCAAGAAGAACAUGGAGACAUUAAAAGAAGCUAGCAUUUGAGUCUUCUUUUACUGGGUGUUGAGAUUUUUCUCUAUACAGUAGUUUAAAAUAAGCCAGAACCUUUUAAACUGUUGGUACAUGGUAAAUCUCAUUUCUAGGCAUGUUAAUUGUGAUACAUUUUGAAGCGAUGUGUUGGUUUCUUAUAAACCCCUGCUUGGCUCAACACAAUUGUUUUGGGAAAUGCACAUGAGAAAAAACCUAGCUCUGAGAUCCAGAGAGAAGGUUCUAAGCAUCUCAAUUCAGUUGUAAAAAUAUUUAAUAAAUUAAAUUAUACACAUUUUUAUUAGACAUUUGGUAUACCGGGUAUUAAAAAUUUAAUUAAUAAAUUUUAAGUGAGGUGGAAGAUCAGGAGUGCUUCAACUAUUGUUUGGAAGCUAUUUCUUAAACAUCACCUUCAGUGACAUACUGAAUAAAACUUGAGACAAGUGAAUCUGCAUCUGCAUUGUCUGGAUGUAUUUAUCGUUUUUGCCAAAAAGGAGGGGAGACAGUGAAGUAUGUUAGGUGCAGAUAAAAUACAACCAUAAACUUUAUUUUUAUGUAAUGUAUAUAAAUAUUCUUUUGAUGCAUUAUUGGGGUAAACAAAAUAAUGCAGAUGAAGAUAUUUUUUUAUGUUAUUUCUUACUGCAAAUUGCAGAUAAAUCAAAGUCUUAAGUUGGUGGUUUGGUAUUUCUCACUAUUAAUUUAUUUGUAUUUAGUAGAUUUUAUGUUUGGAGGAAAUGAUAUUUUGUAGAAAUGAAUGAGGUGGCUUAAAUGCAAAGAAAAUAAUUGACAGUGAUAAUGAAUUUUUUUUUUUUUUUUUUUUUUUUAUAAAUCAGGUGCAAAUUACUGUAGCGGAGUUGUAGAUAUGACCCAUUUGCUUGUACAGCAUCAAAUAAAAGCAGUACUGCUUUUCAUGAAAAAGAUACAUCAGGAAUGAUAGUUACAUUAUAAUUGGUGUAAGAAAACUUGCAGGAUACUAAAUUAUAAGAGAUCUCAGAUUCUUAGGAAAGUAGCCAUGUCUUAGGUAAGGAAACUGUUUUGAAGACUAUGGAGAUUGAGGGUGUAGUGGUACCUUAUACCUGAGCAGUAACGAUAUGCAAUUAUUGCGAAACAUUAUUUCAGGUACAUUGCACACUAGUUUGAUAACGUCCGAAUUUUAAAAACUUUGUCAGACACCAAUUGGGAUAAGUAAAGAUUUCUGGCAUAAUUUUCAGGUUGGUUAUACUUAAACUGGAUUAUAAUAAUUCAGUGUUUGGGUAGUGUUUUGCUGAAAAUUCUUAUGGGAUACCAUUGAAUUACAUUCUGAAAAAUUUUAAACCUUGUGAACAAGAUUUCUCUGUAUAUGAUUAAUUGGUUUACUGUAUUUCAGUAAUCUUUGUAUAUUUUCUUUAUAUUGUACCCCACUUUUUUAAACUGGUACAUUAUAAUGUGAAUAUUGUCCUAUUUCUCAAAGCUCUUGAAAUAUACACCAAAUUAUGAUUACGUUUAAAAAUAACCACACAUGGUAGCUGGCAGCAUUAAUGACCAACAAGCUGUUUUAAUUCAGAUAACUUCCUAGUUGACUGGCUGUGUGGAAACUUACAUGACAGCGAUCAUUUCCCAAUCAUUCUUACUUCCCUUUCAUAUUCACCACCUCUUCGUAACCCAUGCUGGCAAAUUGGAACCUUUACUCACAACUGUUUUUAGUGAGGUUCCUUCUUCGUCCUCCAUUGAUGAGCUUUUACACCUCAUCUCGUCCUCCAUUUUAACCGCAGCUUCUCAUUCUAUACCCCAAACUUCGGGCAGGCAUUCUCAGAAAUGUGAGUGGUGGUGGUCUCCUGCUUGUGGUCGUGCAGUACGUUUGAAACGCGCUGCGUGAGGCAGGUACCGGUACAGUAGAACCACGGAGAGACUUCUUGAUUUUAAGCAGAAGCGUGCGAUCGCUCACUGUCAUCCGUGACGCUAAACACACUUGCUGGUGAGAUUGUCUCCAUCAUCACCUCGCUGUAUAGUCCUUGUGGCUUAGCGCUUCUUUUUGAUUAUAAUAAUAAUAAUCCAUCACACCUCUGCUUCCUCUAUGAGUGCAGUCCCCUCAAGGAAGGUUCCUUGAUGUUGGUGAGGGGCUCUUGAUUUAGGAAAUUGGAUCUGUGCUCCAGUUCCCCGAAUUAAGCCUGAAUGCCUUCCACAUCCCCCCCCCCCGCACUGUAUAAUCCUCCGGGUUUAGCGCUUCCCCUUGAUAAUAAUAAUAAUACAAGUGCAGUCUGGAAAAAAGUACGAAAACCGAGUGGUAAAUAUUCUCCUGACCCGGCUCCUGUUCUGCGGGUUGCCGGUGUUGAUAUAGCAAACCCACUAGAUGUUGCCAAUGAAAUUGGCAAUCAUCUGGUCCGUAUUUCUCAGGGGCUCCAUCAAUGCCCCUCGUUUCUUUUCUCAAAGUCUGCCAGAGAGUUAGCAUCCUUGGACUUUUCUUCUCUCAGAGAAGAACAGUAUAAUGUGCCUUUUACACUUAGGAACUGGAGGCAACACUGUCAGCUUGCCGAUCAUCGGCAGCUGGGCCCGACGACAUUCAUAUUCGUAUGCUGCAACAUUAACAUCAGUCAGCCCUUGCAGUCCAAUUACGCCUUUUCAAUAUUAUUCAGUCACAGGGAGUUGUUCCACAGCUGUGGAAAUCUGCCAUUGUUCUCCCUUUCCGCAAACUGGGUACUACGUGACGUGAAGCUUCCCACUAUCGUCCCAUUGCUCUUACCAGUGCAGUUUGCAAAGUGGUGGAAAGCCUGGUAAAUAGACGUUUAGUGUGGUAUUUAGAGACACACAACAGUCUCUCCACUUGUCAAUAUGGCUUUCGUAAGGGCCGUUCUACCAUAGACCCCUUACUACGCUUGGAUACAUAUGUUCGUAAUGCCUUUGCGAAUAGCCACUCGGUUAUUGCCAUAAUUUUUGACCUUGAGAAGGCAUAUGACAACUUGUAGGUAUAAUAUUUUGGCCCAAGCCCACUCCUUAGACCUUCGAGGCAAUCUACCAUCCUUCCUUAAGAACUUUUUAACUGACAGACAUUUCCGUGUUCGGGCUAAUAAUGUGCUCUCCCCGGACUAUAUCCAAGCUGAAGGUGUCCCCCAGGGAUGUGUUCUGAGCACAACACUUUUUCUCCUUGCUAUAAAUGAUUUGGCCUCUAGUCUUCCAUCAAAUAUUUGGUCAUCACUCUAUGUUGAUGACUUUGCUAUUGCAUGUGCAGGCGCUGACUGUCACAUUACAGUUUCUCUCCACCAUGCGGUCGACCGUGUUUCCAAUUGGGCCACCACACAUGGGUUUAAAUUUUCCAGUACCAAAACUCGCCAAAUUACUUUCACUAGACGCUCUGUCAUCUUCGAUCAUCCUUUGUACCUCUAUGGCUCCCAUAUCCCUGAACGUGAUACAGUCAGGUUUCUAGGCCUCCUCUUUGACCGUAGGUUAUCCUGGAAACCUCACAUUAUCUCUCUGAAGGCAACUUGUCACAGCCAGCUGAACCCUUAAAACCCUUGCUCAUCUUGCAUGGGGAGCUGAUCGUCAAACUCUCCUUCGCCUACAUUCUGCCCUCAUUUUAUCGAAACUUGAUUAUGGUGACCAGAUCUAUUCAGCGGCCUCUCCUGCUACUCUCUCUAGCCUUAACCCCAUUCAUCACCAAGGAUUACGUUUAUGCCUUGGUGCUUUUCGCUCUUCCCCUGUUGAGAGCCUAUGCAGAAGCGAACGUUCCAUCCUUAUCCGAUCACCGUGAUGCCCAUUGCCUUCGCUACUAUGUACGCUCUCAUGAUCUCCGCAGUCCUUCCAUUUAUAGAAUGGUCACCGAUAUUAGUAGACAUUCUUUAUUUGUUCGCCGCCCGUUUGCUCCGUCCCUUCUCCCUUCGCCUACAUUCGCUCUCGUCUUCUCUUCAGUUACCACCUCUAUGUUCAUGUAGCAUCUCCCUUUUCCCUACCCCCCUGGGGAGUUCCAGCUGUUCGAGGCUGUUCUUUCUCACUCCCUUGCUCGAAAGCCCAACUGUCUACGUUAGCUUCCCGCUCUCUUUUUCUUGACCACUUCCACUCUCAUUCUCAUGCCAUUGCAGUGUACACAGAUGGCUCUAAGUCUUCUGAUGGCGUAGGAUUCGCAGCAGUGUUUCCGGACAGUGUCGUACGAGGGCAUUUACUAUCUUCGGUAUCUUUACUGAAUUUUAUGCCAUUCUAGCAGCACUUAUCCGUAUUGCAUCUAUGCCUGUGUCAUCAUUUGUGGUUGUCUCAGACUUCUUUAGUGCUUUACAGGCUAUACAGAAAUUUGAUACACCUCACCCCUUAGUCCUCCGUAUCCAACUUUGGCUACGCCGCAUCUCUUCCAAACAAAGAUAGUUUUUUUGUUGGGUCCCUGUUGACGUACAGGGCAAUGAACAGGCAGACACUGCUGCGCGGUCAGCAGUACAUGACCUCCCAGUUUCAUAUAGAGGUGUUCCAUUUAUGGACUAUUUUGCUGCAAUAGCUACCCACCUUCACACCCGUUGGCAACAACGUUGGUCUACUCUGCUCGGUAACAAACUUCAAUCUAUUAAACCGAGUAUAGGUUACUGGCCGUCUUCUUGUCACCAGUGUCGAGGUUGGGAGACUACUCUCUCCCGUCUUCACAUUGGCCAUACUAGUCUUACUCAUGGUUAUCUCAUGGAGAGGCGCCCUGCUUCUCUCUGUGAGAAUUGUCAGGUUCCAUUAUCGGUUAGCCACAUUCUAUUAGACUGCCCACUUUAUCAACAAGCACGCAGAAUAUACCUCCAACGUCUUCUUCGCUCCGCUGCUCUCUCUUUACCUUUCCUUCUCGCUGAUGGACCCAACUUUCAUCUGGACUCUCUCAUUGACUUUUUGACAACAACUGACUUACUUCACAAACUCUGAUGAUACCUUCAGCCCUUUUUACCUCAGUCUCUUGCUGCCCUCUACCCCCGCACUAUCCCCUGCCCCGCUGUUUUCUGUAACCUACUGAUCAUCCCUUCCCCCUUCUACCGCCCAAUACUCUCGCUUCCUUCCCUACCCUGCAGCGCUGUAUAGCCCUUGUGGCUUAGCGCUUCUUUUUUAUUACAAUAAUAAUGUGUGGAAACUGUUCUUGCAUGCCUUCAUAUCAUUCCCCUUUCCCCACUGUCCAGAAUCUGACACUUGCCAUGUCUGACUGUCCAGCACCAUUUAAGUGAUAAUCUUGUGUAUUAAAGUGCACACAGGUCUCAUUUCUGACACCUGGAUGCCCUCAUUGACAGCUCUGCUUUUAGAGUUGUACACUGCAGAUAACCUGGCUUGUUAAAAUUUUCCUGUUUGCAUUUGCCUUUUCCCUGCCAUGUAGCUCUAUACAACUCAUUCAGGUUUAGCACUGAAUAUAAUUUUACAAUUUUUUAAUACCCAUUCUUCUUAUAUUGUAUUAACUUUGCAUUUCCUCUUGUGCACAAACUCAUUACCCCCUUCUUUGUGUUCAUCAAGCAUUAUACAACACCUUACCCCCUCCCUCUUCCAUCACCAAGUUUGGUGCUUUCCCAUUAAUAUUAGAGAAAAAAAAUUUACCAAGUGGA